UAAGUUAAUGCAGGUUGUGUGUGUGUCACAUAAGACACACCAUACACACUAUAUGCACAGUAAACACACACUACAUUAUCACUUCAGUCUCCUGAAACUGUCAGAUCGUCUCGCUACACUGCACCAUGACUAUUACAGUCUACUUCACCAGCGUCACUGGCUCCAGAGAGAUAAAGCAACAGCAGAAUGAAAUCUUCCAGUUCCUCGAUUCGAUGAACAUCAAGUACUUUGUCAAGGACAUCAGUCAGAGCGCUGAUUUGAAGGAUGAGAUGAGGGAGAAGGUGGGGGACCCCAAAGCCUUGCCUCCUCAGGUCUUUAAUGGAAAUCAAUACUGCGGGGACCACCAGGCGUACUUCAAUGCAGUGGAAGAUGGCAAGCCAGAGACUUUCUUCAAACUAUGAGUCAGAAAGAGAGCUGUGUUUGACUCUUACACUUAUCUUUGUGCAAUAGACAGCUCAAAUCCAACAAUCUUAAAUCCUGCCACAUGAACAAAUGUACAGUGGUGCUUGAAAGUUUGUGAACCCUUUAGAAUUUUCUAUAUUUCUGCAUAAAUAUGACCUAAAACAUCAUCAGAUUUUCAC